GGGGACGAGCAAGGCCUGGUCAUCCACCACCCCGCGGAGGAGCAGCCUCACCGCUGCCUGCUGUGCGGCCAGACCUUCUCGCAGCAGCCCAGCCUGGUGCGGCACCAGAAGGCGCACGCCGGGGUGGGCCGCGCGGCCGCCUUCGUGUGCCCCGAGUGCGGCAAGGCCUUCAGCGUCAAGCACAACCUGGAGGUGCACCAGCGCACGCACACCGGCGAGCGGCCCUUCCCCUGCCCGGAGUGUGGGCGCUGCUUCAGCCUCAAGCAGAACCUGCUCACGCACCAGCGCAUCCACAGCGGCGAGAAGCCGCACCAGUGCGCGCAGUGCGGCCGCUGCUUCCGCGAGCCGCGCUUCCUGCUCAACCACCAGCGCACCCACGCGCGCAUGCCCGCCCCGCACCCGCGCCGCCCCGGCGUGUUCGGGGAGCGGCGGCCCUACUUCUGUGCCCGCUGCGGCAAGAGCUUCGCGCGCGAGGGCUCGCUCAAGACCCACCAGCGCAGCCACGGCCACGGGCCCGAGGGCCAGGCGGCCCAUUUAGGCCGCGUGCUAUGAUGCGCGCCAGGCCUGCCGCCGCCGGUUUCCUGCCCCAGAGCUGCGUCCGGGACUCCUGGAGAUGGCGCUGGGCUGCGGCCCCCGUUCUGCAUUCGAUCCUGAGAGACGGGGAGGGCUGGCCUGGGGUCUGGAAGGCGUGGGCGGCUGCCCAGCCUGGGCCGCCUCUUUCCGAGUCUUCUCCAGCCUACGGCGGGUCGUCCACAGCUGCUUUGGGCCCCUGCAUUGGUUUUCCUCCUCUGGUUCACCCGGCCUAGCGUAGAUGUGGAGUGGGCAGGACCUCCGGGCAGCGUGCGAGGCACAUCUGGGCACAGACUCUGGAAAUGGGGCCCUCUGGGGGCCUGCCCACCGUCAUGAGGACAUGUCCCCUAAGAAGACCUACCUCGGGAGGUGCCGUUCAGAGGGGACCCGUGCGUCCUGGAAUUGGAGGCCGGUUCUGUGCCCUGGUGGACAAGCUUCCUGGUUGGGAGUCACGGCCAGAGAGGAGCUCGUGCCGGCUGCCUGGCCACAGACUUCCACUCCCGUGUGGCAUCAGGGACAGAGCCUGAGUGGAGAGCCAGCUUCUCUGCGCCUGCCUGGCCCACCAGAGACAGCAAGUAACUGGCCUAAGAGAACACAGCAAGUCGGUAGGAGGCCUGGCUCUAGAGGCUAAGCCUUUCCCCCAGGUGUGAACCAUACCUGCAAGGCUCCGCUUUCCUUUCAGAGCAACGGCUCUCGAGACUUUGGGGGUGGGAAGCCCUUGGAAACCUGACAAACGAUAUGAAUCUUCUGGAAAAUGCGCAUACUCCUGUGGACCCAAGAAUCUACAAGCAAGUGCAAAGCUCCUGGACCUCCUGGCCGGGAAUCUCGGCCCCAGGACCUAACCCGCCAGUCCUUCCUUACCUGCGACAGAUCCCUGGGUCAAGGCCACCGCAUGAGUAACAUUGCUCCCUCCUCCUGCUGAACUUCCUUUCCUCACUCAGGAAUAAAGAAUUCUGAGGAGGGGGACCCUUUUAGUCACUGUCUUCUCCCAGGCCUCAUGGUACAUCAGGCUUCUAGAAGGAACCUUUCUCCCCUUCCACAGAUGUUGCUGGAGGCUCCCUGGCCUGGGCUCUGAUCUCAUUGUGAAAGUGGCGGGGAAGCUGGAAUUUCCACCGUGCAGGGUGUGCAUGACCUUGGGCCUACCCGGUGGCCGGGGGUCCUGCUUCCCCAGAAGCCAAGCCUCUGCCAGACCAGGUGUUAGCCAGGCCUGACGUGGGGAAGGCUGAGGGAGGUGGGGACGGAGCCUGGCUCCAGGUGCCCGCCAACUCUGGGGCCGGCUGAGCUUUUCUGUGGUCCGUGCAUGGACGCGGAGGGGCAGAGGCCGGGCCAGCAGCCGGGAGAGGACUUCUGUUUCACCCUGAGCGGGUUGUCCUGGAGCUCACCGGCCUCCCCAGAAGGAACCACUCAUCUGAAGAGGUGUGGCCGAUGAGGGCCGGGCUGGGGUUUUGAUGACCUCCAGACCUCUUGAUGCAGGUUUUACUUAGUGAAACCCUUGCAGGGAGGGGAGAGGCCCGUAGCCAUGGAUUUAGAUCAAGUCUCGGCAAUCAGAGUUGUGGAGGGGGCACUGUGGAGUGUUCUGGUGGGAGGUCCCAGGGCCAAGCUGGGCUUUGGGCAGGGUUGUCGGGAGGCCUCCCUCCUCCCCAGCUCCUGGCCCGGGAUCUUGCUUGUCUCAUCCCCCUUGCAGUCUGGCACAAUUCUGCCGUGUGCCGUGUGCCGGAAUAACUAAGCACACUGGGGAGAUCCCAGAAAGAGGAGGCACUCUGCGCUCUGGAACCUUCCAUUUGCUCUGAUCCUUGGCCUGCCUGGAGGGAGUCUCCCAGAUGCACCCCUUCCCUGCCGAUCCUCAGCUCAUCUCCCUCCCGUUUAACCAUGCAGCCCUCAUCCACCUUUCCGGGCUCCCCCUUCCCUGGUCUCACUGUGAAAUGUGCUCCUCCCCCAUCCUCCCCAAGCCCUCUUCUCCAGCAGGCUCCCCACCCUCAUUCUCUGAACAGUCCGUGUUAACACACCGUCUCAGCCCUGGUGGCACGUGCAGCCUUGCACUCUAGCUUUCUGUGCACGUGUGUGUACAUGUAUGUGUGUGCGUGUGUGUGUGUUGAGUCUCCAGCUAGACUGUGAGCUCCCUGAGGGCAAGGGAUGUGCCAUUUCCUCUCGAACCCCAACAAGGUCUGGCACAGGCUGGGCUCCUAACACUCAGGAUAUACUUGCCUACUGGCUGACGGGUCCAGUGCUGGAGUCUAUAGUGUGGCUGGUGGUGAGGAGGAGGAGGAGGAGCAUGAGUUCACACGUGGGUCCAUUUCGCUGGGCCGUGAGCUGGCUCCCCUGGGGACAGUGAUGACCGCAGGAGACCUCAGGUCCUCACCUACUUAGGGCAGUGGGGCAGGAAGGACGCCCCCAUGGCCACGCAGGAGUGCGUGCAAAUGGCCGUCCAGGCUGAAUAUCUCCGUCGGGCACCGAUGCCUGCCGGGGCUGACCAAGUGGAAUAAAUGUUCUCUCAACAUCA